GACGCUGCAGCUGCAAAAGCAGACCUCCCAACUCACCUCUGUCUCAUCUUCCCCCCGAGCAGCUGCUUCUCUGAAGCUAUCAUCGGUUUUGAAGACUCUGCUGGCGGACCCGGCGAUAGCCUUGAUUUCUACUGGAGGUGUCCGAGAGGAGUGGUUGUGUACGCAAGAGGAUUGCGGGAAGUCACAUGGAGCCAGUUUCGAGAAGGCGGUGGAGCAUGUGCAGUCAGUCCGCCAUGGCACCGGACUGCUCAAGGCGGGAGCCGCGACGCGUCUGAGCAAAGCGAAGCUGAAUCUGGCGCAGGUCAGGAAGGAGUACGGAGUUUGA